AUGAAUGCAAAUAAAACAUACAAAUAUUUCAUUGGACAUCCUGAAGACAUUCUCAUCCGUGUGUCAGAUCUGGCUAAAGUAUCAAAACUGUUUGAUAAAACAUUUAUUGUGACAGAUGAAGCACACUGUGUUAUAGAAUGGGGGGAUGAUUUCAGGCCUGAUUACAAGUUUAUUGCUGACCUUCAUGUCCAUUUGCCAUCCUGCACAUUCCUUGCAUGUACAGCCACUGCAAGCAAAGAGGCCCAAAAGGAGAUUACUACCCGUUUAGGAAUGAGAAAUCCGGUAUUUAUUAGAAACAUACCCAUUAUUAACAACAAUGUGUGUUUACUUUUAAACAAACGAAUUCCAUCUACUGGAGGACACAGUUCAGCAAAAGAUGCUUACAAUUAUGUGUACAAGCCUUUACUGCUUGAACUAUUUGCAUUGGGAUGGAAUUUUCCUCUAACAAUUGUGUACUGUAAGCUACAAUGGUGUGCGUAUGGUGUGGAGCUGUCAAAGAGACUUCUUGGGCCAUCUUUCACUCUACCUGGUGACAAAGCACAAGAGCAUUUUUGUGUUGUACAAUACCAUGCACAACAACCCAGAGAGGUAAAUGAACGAAUCAUCCAGAUGAUGAGUGCAGAGAAGUCACCAAUCAAACUUGUAUUUGCCACUGUGGCUCUAGGGAUGGGUAGUGAUUUGAGAUUUGUGGAGAGGGUGUACCAUGCUGGAGUUCCAUCAUCUCUUGAAGCAUAUACACAGGAAAUAGGACGAGCUGGCCGAAGUGGAGGACAAUGUGAGGAUAUAGGUGAUCAAACCUCUGCUGGGGUGUAG